GCCUGAAGAAGUUAAUCCAUUGAGCUCGUCACGGAGUGUAAAGUGAUUGGAGGAAGCAAGCCCUGAUGUCACAAGAGGAUUUGGGACGAGAAGGUAUAUGUGGAAGGGGGCCCACAUAAACACAUACACUACACCCAGAGUUCAUGCUAACAAACAAGCCUCAUAAACCAGCCCAGCAAGAAAGGACUCAACCAAAAGCCUGGAGCUGAGAAGCAGGCCUCAAGGAUAACUCAGCUUUUGAUACCCAGUAACCACAAUGAAUGCCAACCCACCUGCAGGAAGUGCCCUGGUUGCCAAUGCCCCAACGGAGGUUUCAGCCACUCCCAAAAGAGGUCCCCCCAAAUUCAAGCAAAGGCAAACUCGCCAGUUCAAGAGCAAGCCUCCAAAGAAGGGAGUCAAAGGAUUUGGUGAUGACAUUCCUGGCAUGGAGGGUCUAGGAACAGACAUCACUGUAAUCUGUCCCUGGGAGGCGUUCAGCCACUUGGAGCUUCACGAACUCGCUCAAUUUGGUAUUGUCUAGGAAAUCACAGAACAGAGGUGUGGAGUGUUGUAUUCAUGUUCAUAUCAGCCAUCUCUUUAUCUGUAUUCUCUACCAUGCAAUUAACUGUCCCAGAACAAACUCAAAGUUGUGAUUCACUAAACCAAGACAGUUUUCAAUGUGUGGACAUCUAACCUCGCCUGUGUACGUGGUGGCUUAUACUGGCCCAGAAAAACUUCAGCAAUUUUCACUAUGGGAGAUGUGCUCUCAGAGUGCUACAAAUAAAGUUCAUGAAAAGAAGAAAGAUGGACUGACAUGGAAUAUAAUUUUAGGAGGAAUGUGAGGCUCUCAAAGACAGAAAUGAAGAGAGAUCCAAAAAGAAAGGAAACAGAAAGGAACAUAAAACCACUCCAUCUCUAAUACCAUGAAAAUAAAAUGUUGAAAAGAUUCCCCAUGAUGU